CACUAAGGCUAGUAUUUAUUCUGUUUCAUUUCAUCUGCAAUUUCACAUACAUUGUUGCACAAAGCUAUAUAUAUAUAGGCCUGGUGUCCGAGAUCAAAUCAUAGGUAUUUAUCGAUCACAUCAUCGCGAAUAUUUCAGAACCAUGCCAAUCUUUUCGUCUGAUUCUGAGGAUGAAGUAGCUCAAUCUUCACAGUUGUUUAGCCGCGAAAGAUCAGUCCAUGCUCUGCUCGGUGGAGGACAAGUUGCUGAUGUGUUGCUGUGGAGGGACCGAAAGGUAUCAUCUGCAAUCAUGGCUGCGGUUACAGUAGCAUGGUUUCUUUUCGAGGUUGUGGAGUACAAUUUCAUCACUCUCCUUUGUCACAUCUUCAUCACUUCCAUGCUCGUCAUCUUCAUUUGGUCCACUGCCGCAGAUCUUUUUAAUUGGGCACCCCCUCAGAUACCGAAAAUCGUCUUGCAAGAUUCGAGUUUUAGAGACGUUGCUUUAACAUUUCAUAUCAAAUUCAACCAGUUGUUGUCAACAUUCAUCUACAUCGCUUGUGGGAAUAAUCUGAAACUCUUUGCUAUGGCUGUUCUUCUUCUCUGGCUAGUCUCAUUGAUCGGAAACUAUAUAAGCUCCUUGAAUCUUCUCUUUUUGGGCAUUCUUUCUCUUGAAACACUGCCAUUUUUGUACGAGCGCUACCAAAAAGAAGUGGAUUAUUUUGGCGGGAAAGUAUACAGAAAGAUGAGGAAGAUCUACAAGAAGUUCGACUCGACUGUUCUUGACAAGAUACCGCGAGGACCAAUUAAUGGGAAGAAGACCAAUUGAUUAUUUGCAAGAACCAAAAGUUUGCCUAAACAUUAUACUUCAUUUUUAUGUAAAUUGCUGAACUGAUCAUGACCUUGGAUAUAAUUACAGUUAAUUUUUAAUUAA